AUGAGUGAUACACCUGUUACUUCAGAGUUCAGCUCAAGGCUCAGGAUCGCACACUUCACUAGACAACUCAUUGAUAGAAUGACCACUUAUUAUGAGGAAGCUCCUGACUUGCAAGAUGAGGCUGAGAUCAGUUUUUACCAGAAAUCUGUUCAUUUCAACUCAUUGAAUUCUUCACUGUUCCUCACCCUUAGAAUGCUAACUUUUAAUGAUGAUCUGAAUCAACCUAUCUAUUACACCGCAGGCAAUCUUAUGAAUCUUAUGCAGAUGAUGCUACAGAAUCAGAUAGCUGCGGCUGAAACCACUCAACAUCUCACUACAUCUGUAUAA